AUGUGCUAUCCGGCCGGUGUUUCAUGUGGCCAUGAAUCGGAGAUCAGAAUUAGACGGUUGGCAGCUCUCGCCACCGCCGUCAACCACCGGGAGGCAGGUGGUGGAGUGAAGAAACAGUGUCUGUGUUCACCCACGAUUCACCCUGGUUCCUUCAGGUGCAGGCAUCACCAUUCAGAGGUUUCGGAAUGGUUACUUUUUUCAAUCGUUCAAGUUCUGUUUGUGUUCAUAUUGUUCAAAAUUGAGAUUUCUGGUUAUCUGCUAUGA